AUGAUACAUAAAGUAAAGAAUUCCUUCGCCCAGGGGACUAAUGAUGCGCUUCUCAGAAUUCUGAUAUGCUUGAUCACCUUUUUUUCCUCAUCUAUUAGUGCAGAUGAUGAUAGUACAUCUCAGAAACUUUCCUCCCACGCUAUAAUCAUAGGAAUUAUUCUAAUAAUCACUGGAAUUAUCUAUUGCUUUUUCGGAAGAAGGAUAUACCAUCUUACCUUAUUCUUGCUGGGAUUAUAUAUUGGCAGUAUCCUGGGUUGGAUUAUCCUUACAAACAAUGAACCCGCCUCGGGUUAUGCUGGAGAUAACAGCGACACUGUAAUUCUAAUAGCUUCCCUGGCAAUCGGAUUUCUUGUCGGCUUAACGUUCAUAUGUUUGUCGACCCUGGCAAUCCAUUUGCUCGGUGCACUCGCCGGUUAUUCGUUUGCAAUGUUUAUACUGUCUUGGUCGUCUAACGGAAUUAUCCAAUCAAAAGCUGGUCAAAUAGUCCUCAUUGUGACAUUCACCGUCAUAGGUGUUAUUCUCAUUCACUUCUUCAGAGACGACGUCAUCAUUUUUGGCACUGCAUUUAUCGGUUCCUACGCAAUUAUCCUUGGAGUCGACAUGUUUGCACAAACUGGAUUUUCUGAUUCUGUAAGAACCUUUUUGGAUGGCAAUCAUAAAGUUAUAUACCAUGCAACUACGAAAGUCUACCUCAUGCUCGUGGGGAUGAUAGGUCUUUUCAUCGUUGGUGGUGCAUAUCAGCAUUUUCGCAAUCGCCACGCAGAAUUCCAUCCAAGAAAAGAACAUCGCAAUAUCCCCGCUCAAGAGGAAAAGAAGAAACCACAAGUUUGA